GAUGCAGCUUCAAAAAUGGAGAAAUAAAGUAUUGCAUAUUUGCUUUUCCUAGCAAUUCAAGGAAUAAACAGAAACUUUCAUGAUCUCACAUGGAACCUCAUUCUAGUAAAGGCAUUGCUUGACUACGGCUUCUGCUAGUUUGCAUAUGGAUUGGUAUGGCUUACUCCAAUGUGAAUCUAUGAAAUGCUACUGCCUGGAACAAUUGAAAGGAGAACCUACACACAGCAGAGCAGCAGAGCCUCCUGCUGGCUGAAGUGCAAAGAACAGACAACUACUUCUUUCCUAUAAUUGGAGCCUAUUAACAAUAUUUAUAAGCAAGUAUUGGAAAAUGCAAAGGGCUUUACUUCCUCCUAAACUUCUCUUGACUGCUUAUUGAGACAUUGGUAUGGUUAAUACCAGGGAGGGGACUAGGUAGGGGCUGUUUUUUCCAUAACCCACUAAACCACAAUUCUGCAAACUCAUUUUAGCUUAAUGUGUUGCUUGUAGCUGGCUCAUGCAGUUACUUUUAUACUUCAAUAUUUAUAUAAACCAAGAAAAAUAGGCUAAUUAAAAUGCAGCUAAGGUAAACAUGGGUAAUCAUGCAGUAUGGACAUAGACAAGUGUCAGUGGCUGGUUUCCUACAUUGCUAAGCCCCAAUACAAGUGGUUUAGUAUUGGCGUAAUGUGUUGAACAAACCCAGCUAUUAUGGCUAAUUCAACAAACCAUGCUGAAGCAAAGCAUGGUUCAGUUCAAUUAUGCAAACCAAGCCUUAAUCUGAAUUUCACAAAUGAAAAUUGAAUGCCUUAAUGACUGUUCUCAUUACAUACUGAACCAGAAACUACAUUUAAGCCCAGCAGGCUAUGCGUACCCAGCCAGUUUAUAGUUCAGUAUGCAUUGCAAGUCCAGAAAAGUGCAUAGAGUAUAUCAUGGUUACCAUAUAGUGUAACACAUAGGCUGAACAAUAUUGCCCUUUAUUUCAUCCUGAUCCUGAUUUUUUUCUUCUGUUGAUCCACCUGGUUUGGGGGCCUGUGAGAUUAACAAUGGAAGUGCCCUCUAUGAUUCUGGUCAGGAAGAAAGCCUAGUUGGUCACCAUGUCCAAAAACUACAACUAAGGAAGCCACUGCUAUUUCUACAUGGCCACCAUUUUCACGUUGCCUGGACUACCAAGACCUCCUGAGGGAAUUUGUCAUUUGCAGCCCUUCUCCUUUCAUAAUUAAGGGGCUUCUGCUCAUUGCCUUCAAAAUCCUCCAGAUAGUACUAUACUUAGCCAUAGAUGCACAGCUGAAGGAAGGAUUAAAAAAAUAAAUCCAAAUUUUUAUUUAUCAUAUUUGCAUACUGCUGAAUCUUGCAAUUCACAGUUUUACAAUUUUCCCAGUUUUACUGUUUUUUUAAAGCAACUUAAUAUUUAUUUAUUUAUUUAUUUAAUAGUACAGAGACUCAUUUCAUCCAACCUAAAAGGCACAAUAUAAACUAACAAAAAUAAUCAUUUCCAAUCAUCAGGGGGUGUACAAGUCUGUUUUUUCUUCAUGGAGCUGUUUAACUGUCUGUUCCCUUCAGGUGAAUAUAACCCGCAUAUACUCUUUAAGCUCAUUUAUUUUUUAUCAGUGUUGAGUGAUUCAUACUGUAUGCCCCAUUUAUCUUGUUCUGUAUUUGCUGUGAACAUACCACAGCGGGAAUUAUGAUAGGCUAUAGGCAAUGAAGAUGUUGAACACUAAUCCAACAGGUGUUCCACUCCCUGUGUCUUUUGUACACACAUAGUCAAAUCACCUCAAGCAAGACAAGGUAGAGACUGGUAACUCACACCUGAUUUCACUAACAAAUAAACCCCACAGCUGCUGGACCAAGGCUCUGCCUGUGCACUGAAAGGAAGAUGGCCUUCACACAAGACAGGCUACCUUUUAACACCAUGUUUUAUGGCUUGCAGUACAAAAUCUAUAUGCACUAUCUGCUUUUAGGUAUUUCUUCUGCAUUAAAGGUGACAGUUCCCUCAUACAUGGUCAAUGGCGUUGAAGGACAGCCACUCAGACUUGUGGUUGAUUAUAAUUUCAACGUUACAGUUUCUGACGUCCAGAUAAUAUGGCUGUUUGAGAAGCCACCAACAAACCCCAAAUAUCUGCUUAUUUCCAUCAAUCAAUCAGUUGUUCCAGACUUAGAAUAUAGGCACAAAUUUACACUUUCACCUCCAAAUGCAUCUUUGCUAAUAAACUCUUUACACAGAAGUGAUGAAGGUAAUUAUAUUGUCAAAAUCAAUAUCCAUGGCAAUGGGACAAAAUCAGCAAGUGAAAAGAUUCAAGUUACUGUCGACGUGCCUGUCACCAAGCCUGUCAUAUACAUUGAACCCUCCUUUGGAGUUGUAGAAAAAAAGGGAAACAUCACUUUGAAAUGUAUGGUGGAAAAAGGCACAAGGGUUGUUUACCAGUGGAUGAAAAAUGGAAAUAUCAUCGAAGACAGCAGCAACGGCUCCAUGUCUAUAAACAAAGAUACGCUUUCCAUUGCCCCUGUUCUUAAAGAAGCUAUUGGGAAUUACAGCUGUUUAGCAGCCAAUCCUGUCAGUGCCAUGAUGAGUGACAUGAUCAUGCCAACAAUAUAUUAUGGACCCUAUGGACUUACCAUAAAUACUGCCAAAGGCCAGAAAUUAGGAAGAGUGUUUACGCUUGAUAAAGGUGAUGCUGUUCAGCUGUACUGCUCAGCAGAUUCCAAUCCACCAAAUAUUUAUUCAUGGAUCAGGAGGGCAAACAACUCCAUGCAUCCAAUACAAUACGGAAGAUCUCUAGAAGUUGCAUCUGAGAAGGUGACACAGAAAACAGAAGAAUACACAUGCACUGCUUACAACAACAUGACUGAAAACCAUGUUGAAACCAACAUCCUGGUGAUAGUAAUACCAAAAGGACUGGACCAGCUGGCUCAGAAAGGAAAAUAUUUGUCACCUCUAGCAAUAAUAACUGGAAUUUCCUUAUUUUUGAUAGUAUCAAUAUGCAUUUUAACAUUAUGGAAACGAUUUCAGCCACAUAAAGUUAUACAGCAGAAAUUGAAGACCAGGCCUGAAGCAGAUUACCGAAAAGCACAAACCAUUUCAGGACAUGAAAAUGCAGUGGAUGAUUUUGGAAUAUAUGAAUUUGUUGCAAUUCCAGAUUCUGCAGGAAUUUCAAGGGUAUCAAGUCGGUCUGUUUCUGGCUCUGAUGUUGGGCAAGGUCAAGAUUUUAAUGGCACGGUUUAUGAAGUUGUUCGACAUAUUCCUGAACAAAAUCAGGAACAUCAAGAUGGAACAUGAAAAGAAAAAUGGAAGCAAAACUAUUAUAUCCGUUUCCAAAAGUAGAACCAACAAUUGCCAGCAGGGAAAACCUCAAGUUCUCACAUAUAAUAAAAAUGCCACCUCAGAUUUAAGAAGCAAAACAUUUUCACAUUUCUAAUGGAAAUAGCUUAUGAUUACUGGUUAUAAAAGUUACCACUCUAACAGUUGGAGCCAAAUGUUGAAGCAUUAUAUGUUGUCCUAUUAUUUUAUUCUAGAAUUUGGGAUUAUUGCCCAUCUUUGCCUAAAGAGAUUGGCAAUUUUGUUAUUUUUUUUAAUGCAAUUAAUGUGUCUUAUUAUUUUAUAUCAGCCUACACUGCCUAAAAAGGAGAAACAGCAGUAUGUCAGCAAUUUACUAAAUGCAGUAUUUUUUUUGUUAAUGAAUAUCUGCUUUUUUAAAAACACCAGCACAAACUAAGAGUAUAUCUGCAAUUGAAAUAAUGUCCAGCACUCCAGCUGAUACACUUCACACUGUAAAUAAUAUACUUUUCUAUAUGUAGGCAUUUAGUGCAUGGUGUAUGAAAUACAGUACUUGCAGCAGUGACUAGUGUCAACAUGAAGUGUGAGGGGGAGAGUAAUUAUGAUCAUUAUUCUCUAACUUCCCUCAAUUCCAGCUAUCUAAAAGUCUAAUCAGCCAGGGGGGGCAGGGGAGGAGGGGCUAUUUAAUUAAAUUCACGGUUGUUAAUUGUAUUAGUAAUCUCAAGUCUGUCUGGGCCCUAAAUGAACACAAUGGAUCUGAGUUCCAAACAUCUGAUUGGCUUUUAUUCAUUUGUUUACUUUGAAACUCUCAACUUCCCUUAAAAAUUACUUUUCCAUACAGCUGUCUUAGAACAAUUGUAUUUUGAUUAUUUUUUUUCUGCCAACAUUCACCUUCAUUUCAGGCCUGCCCAAUAAAUAAAGACGAAGUCACAGUUGUAUUUUCUAUUGUCAAGUUUAAAGAGAUGGGGCUUUCGGUUAACUUUCAAAAACCUUUGGGCAUAUAUGUUUGCGCACAUCCUACUCCAGCACCCUGGCUCUAGAAUUUUAGAUCUCAAUUUUUUAGCACUGGGGGUAGCAUUUGCAAUCAUGAAAGCACAUCAUGGGAACUCUCACAAAAUGCCAGCCUUAAUGGAGAACUUGACCAUUUACAGAAUGGCUUGUUAUGGCGUCCACAUCUAUCAGAAGACAACCUGAGU